AUGAAGACAUUAGAACCAUUUUAUUUAGCCAACGUUGCAUUAUACUUAAAAGGAACAACAUUGUUUCAAUCAUUUAUAAAGAUUAGUAAGAAUUGUGAGAAUGCCAUUAAAAUGCUUCACAUUAAUCCAUAUAAUGUAAUAGCAUAUCUUCCAUAUUUAAUAAAAGUUAUUACUAACAUCAAUGCCUUAUAUAUCAAUGCUUUAGAGGCACAAGAAUUAUUAACAAGUGAAGAAGUUGAAAAGAUAACAUGGAUUGAUUCAACAAAAAAUCAAUGUGAGAUAUCUAAAUUGAAUGAAACAAUAUCUGAAAAGGUUUUGAAUGUGAGGAUAAAUAACUCUCAAAUACCUUUUCUUUACAAACUAAAAAAUGUACAAAAAGUUAUUAUUGAACAAAUUACUAAUAUCAACAAACAAGGUAUUGAUGUUUUAACACAUUUACAAGUUGUAAAAAUGUUAGUAUUAUAUUUCAACACAAUUGACCAAAAGAGUAUUGAUUUGAUUGUUAGAUAUUCUCAACAAAACCCACAUGUUGUUAUUCAUAUUGUUGUAGAUGAUGAUGUUUGUAAUAGAAUUGGAGAGACUAAGAAUAUUCAUUAUUUUAAUUAUAUUAAACAAAAAAAAGAUAUUGUAAGUGAAGAAGUUAUGACAUUUAAUAAUUAUAUACUUGAAGAAGAAACAAUCCUAUUUCGAUUAAACAAAUGUCUAAUCAAUAGAAUAAAAAAAGUUAGGAUUGAAACAGAUAUUUUAGAUAGCAAGUCAUUAUGCUUAAAUAAUUAUCUAAUUUCAAAAUUAUCAAUAACAAUUCACAAAGGAUGUACAUUUUUGUUAAAACUUCCAAGUGGAUUAGAGAAAUUAAAAAUUAAUGCUCCAAAGUGUAUUGUUUUGAUGAAAGAUACUGAAGAUUGGAGAAUUGCAUCAAUAUCAUUAAAAUGUGAUAUUAGAAUAGUUGAUAAUGAGCUUAAAGAAGUAUCUAAAGUACAAACAAUAUAUAUGAAUAAUUUUAUUGGUAAUUUAGAAUUUGUUUCAUAUAAUGGAAAGUAUAAAUUCAUUGGAGCAUGCAAUUUAGUAACAUUACAUCUUGAAUGUGCUUUUGAUUACCUUGAUUUAAAACCCAGAAAUGUUGGUAUGUGGUGGAAAUAUGAUCUUAAAGAAUAUAUAAUUAUUAAUAGAUGGUGUAAUUGUACUAUCAAUUUUUUAUCUAGCUCUGGAUGUUUCAAACAUUGGUUUGAGUCUGGAGCUUAUGAAAUGAAGAUACUUUUUGAUACACAAGAAAAAAUGACUGUUAAUCAAUUAGUUGCUCAUGUGGGUACUCAUUAUUUGAAGGCACGCGAGUUAAUUAGAAAUAUAGAUAAUAAUACAUUUUAUAAACAUGUUUCAAUGGUAUAUAACACUAAACCAGAUAUUCUUCUAGAAUUGAGUGGUGGUUUAAAGAAAAUAAAAUGCCAUGUUACAAGAUAUUUUGAAAUGAUUUAUGAUGAUGAUAGUAACAACCAUGAGUUAAAACAUGGUGUGUAUGUUUUUAAAAGCAAAGAAUUAAAUGAAUUAGACAAAAAUUUUGUUAGAAAACACAUUUUGAAAGUAUUAACGAGAGAUAGAAAAAUAAUGGUAGAUAAUGAAAGUAGUCUUGAAAUAAAAAAAGGAGAAGACUAUUUAAUCUUUAAUGAUUUUCUUGUUGGAUAUGGAAGUAAAAACAAUAAAUCUGGAGUACUAAAGAUUCCUGUUGAUGAAGAUGAAGUUGCCAUUAUUUAUUUUAAUAAUUCACUUUCAAUAUCUACUGAUUCUCAGAUGUCAAAAGUUGACAAUAAUCAAAAGGUUUUGUACAAAGACUCGUUAAAAGAGAACAAAUACAAACCAAAGGAGAUGAAAAGAUUAUUCAAAGAAAAUAAAAAAGAAGAAGCACUUGAAUUGUUAGAUUAUGAAAAUGAAGAAGAAUAUCUUGAUGAAGAAGCUGAGCAAUAUUUAUGGAAAGAAUAA